AUUAAUAAAAUAGUGUUUAGUUUAGUAUAAUAAAUCUACAAGUGUGUAUUGUUAAUAAUAUUAUAAAGUAAAAAAAAAAAUUGUAACCUCUUAAAUCAAAUAUAUACAUAUAUCCUCAAAUAUGAAUCAUAAAUUCCUUAUCAACACUGCCAUUUUGAGCACUUUUAUAUUUAUUGCCUCUGACUCAGUUCAGGCAAGUCCACAGCUUGAUUUGCCCCCACUUAAUACACCAACACCUCAGCCAGAAAUUUAUUACAAUGGUUAUCCAACUAGCUCGCCAGCACCAGUCACACCUACACAAGCACGCGGUGAUUUAGAUCGUAGUCAACGUUAUGGUCCACCUUAUAUUGAUGAUGGUGGCGGGGAAGACGGUAUCGAUGAUUAUCGUUACGGUCAAACCUAUGAUGAGCGUAUGCGUUAUGGUUAUGGCUAUCCAAACCCUUCACAAAAUUUUUCUAGUGAUUCACCAUUUAGCGAUCGUGCUAAUUACAGAAAUGAUGAUAUACGCUAUGCCAAUCAUAAUUAUGAUAAUGAAAACGAACGGUAUCAUAAUCGCUUUGCGGAUGUUAUAAAUGAUCAACGUCGUUUACGUGAUCGUUAUAAUAAUCCCAGUAAUAGUCCUAUAAACAAUCCAAAUAUUAAUAUUAAUUCCAAUGAACGUUACACAACUACGCCAUUACCACCUUCAUUUUAUGGUACAAGCACAUACGAUCCAAACAAUCAAUUUUUACGAAAUGGUGGUGAACGUAAUCGUUUCGAAAAUCCAUAUAUAAACAAUCAGGAUCGCUUUAAUCUCAAUGAUCGUUAUGCGGAUCGUGAACGAUUACAACAGGAUCGUCGCUAUCAAAUUGAAUUGGAGAAAUUGCGUAAUUUCUUAGUAGAAACGGAUCAUAAGGGUUCGUUGGAGUGUACGGCCAAUGUAGCUGCACAAUGGAAUUUCGAGACUAACGUAAAUGAAUUUACACAAGCGGAAGCGCUUAAUAGCCAACAACAUUAUGUUGAUUUUCAACGUAUAGUAGCUGAACAAUCUAAAUAUGUUAACAGAGAUCUUAUAUUCGAUAGACGCCUAUAUAGGCAACUAAUGUUGCAAUCUGAAGUUGGUCCCAAUGCCUUACCACUUGAUACACUAGAUAGGUAUAAUCGACUUAUUAAUGAAAUGCUGUUUAUUUACAAUGGUGCAAGUAUAUGUGCUUAUCAGCAGCCUUUUCAAUGUAAUUUGCACUAUAUACCUGAUCUUAAAGAAAUUAUGGCUAGAAGUCGUGAUUGGGAUGAAUUGCAGCAUACAUGGGUAGAAUAUCAUCGCAAAGCGGGUCGUGAAAUGCGUGAUGGCUAUGAGCAACUAAUUGAUGUUAUGAAUGAGGUGGCUUAUUCAAAUAAUGUCACUAAUGGCGGAGAAUACUGGUUUCUUGCUUAUGAAUCUGGCAAUUUUCGACAGGAUGUCGAAAUUGCUUGGGAGCAAAUACGUCCACUUUAUGAAAGUCUUCAUGCAUAUGUUCGUCGCAAGUUACGUGAUUAUUAUGGACCUGAUCGAAUCAAUCGCAUUGCACCCAUACCAGGCCAUAUACUAGGCAAUAUGUUUGGACAAUCAUGGUCAAAUGUUUUGGAUUUAAUUAUACCAUAUCCAGGACGUAAAUUAAUUGAUGUUACACCACGAAUGCUUGAGCAAGGUUACACGCCACUGCUUAUGUUUCAAUUAGCUGAAGAGUUCUUUACUUCAAUUAAUAUGUCCGCUGUGGGACCUGAAUUUUAUCGAAAUUCCCUUUUUGAGCAACCACUGGAUCGUAGAGUUUUGUGUGAACCAUCUGCAUGGGAUUUCUGCAAUCGACAUGAUUUUCGUGUAAAAAUUUGUACAGAAAUCAAUCAAAAAAGUCUAAUAAGUGUACAUCACGAAAUGGCUCAUAUACAAUAUUUCCUACAAUACAGACAUCUACCGAAAAUAUUUCGGAACGGUGCCAAUCCAGCAUUUCAUCAAGCAAUUGGAGACGCUAUUGGUCUCUCUAUAGCAACUCCUAAACAUUUUCAAACGCUUGGACUGCUACAACGUUCUGUCGAUGAUGUUAGUUAUGAUAUAAAUUAUCUUUUCACCAUGGCUAUUGAUAAGGUAGCAUUUUUACCUUUUGCAUUGGCGUUAGAUAAUUGGCGAUAUGACUUAUUCAGUGGCCGUAUUAGAAAGCAUAUGAUGAAUUGCCAUUUUUGGGACUUAAGAGAACGUUAUGGUGGUAUUAAGCCACCAGUGCUUCGAUCAGAAAAAGAUUUCGACGCAGGAGCAAAAUUUCAUAUUCCAGCAAAUAUACCAUAUAUCAAGUAA